UUAAAAGCGCCAGUCCUCAGCCUGGAAGGUUACUUCAAGACCUUCAGUGCUCCUUGCUGGGACAGACUGGGAUAUUUUAUCCUACGGACACUUUUAGGAAGUUACCUGAUCUUCUCUGACUCGACUGCUGGCGUCAUGACGACGAAGCUGACACCUCGAGCAAAGUUCGUCAAGGAGGAGGACCUGAACGACGUCCUGUGCGAGUUCGACGCGGUGAUCGAAGACUUCACGUCGCCCGUGGAGAAGCGACACUUCAGGUACGACGAGCACCUGAAGACGAUGAAGAGGCGAAGCAGCGUCAGCGACAGCGGCAUCAGCGACACGGACAGUGCCGAUUCGCUCAACAGGUAUAGCUUCAGCUUCAGUGAUGAGAGGCUGAACUCCCCCAUCGUGCACUCCCCCGCUACAACCUCUCCACCUCUGAUGUCACCCAAACCCAAACUGGGUGACACCAAGGAGCUGGAGGACUUCAUCGCCGACCUCGACCGGACAUUAGAGAGGAUGUGACCCAGGAGCUCUCUGUCAUCUUGGAGUGUAGCCAUAACGGAAGGAGGAAGUGGAUUUCUAGACCAUCACUGAGCAGUUAAAAACACCUGCCACCACAAACAGAAAAAGCCACCAAACAGGAUGCAGCUGGAUGGAGCACCAACUGGCACAGUGCUCCGCUGUGGCAUUAGGUCCAACCUGAGCCCCUAAAGUCUGCUGCAUCCAGUCCACACACAGUUUCUGGACCCUAAAAGCUACAAGGAGGGUCCCAAUCACCUCUGAUUUCAUUAGAAUAGGAACUAAAAAGUUAGAGUUUAGAUCUCUAAAAUUAUCCUGAUGGACCCAGGCUCCGCUCUCAUCCAGAACUAGAGCUGCAAGAGGAUUUAAAAACGGCUUUUUAUAACAGAAAAAUAUUUGUAAUUUUAUAAAGCUUUUUGAUGUAAAUUUAUGAUUCUUAUUGUGAAAUAUAUUUUUGUAUCUUAUGUAUAUAAUGUUUCAGAUUCUAUAUGUGCUGACUGGACAGAUUAAGAUUAGGCUCACAUUGACUGGAGUGAAGGAGAUUCAUGUGAAUGGAAAACUGGAAAGCAACGUCUGUAUUUAGUACAGCUAAUAUUCAACUAUAAAAUAUUAUUAAUUUAGUUA